GCUUCAAGGGUUCGAUUGACAUUCUCUUCAUCAAAGAAAUCUAUUUUUAGUUCACAAUUUUCUCUUCUCUCGUAUUUGUACCUUUUAUUUCAUGAAAUAGUGGCUCGACCAACUUUGUGGUUGUUUGGUGAUCAAAAAGUUAGAGUGUUCUAUGCUGUGAGAUUUUUUGUUGGUUUUCUCUCGCUGUCCACGUAGACUGUUCUUGUGGUAGCUCUUUCGAGAAAGUAUGGAAAACGACUUGCUUCUUAUACACUUGCUAUGCCGUGCUUAACCAACGACUAUUUCUUUGCUAGCACAAGUUUCUUGUCAAGUUCGUUUCCCAUGUAUGCAAUCUCUCUUGCUUCGGGUUUAUUUCUUCUUGAUAAACAUGCUGCAGCAGUUGUUGUCUCUGCUAUUGGUGUGAUACAUGGCUGGCCAUUCUCAAUCUUGGCUUUCCUUCCGAUAAGUUUGGACCUGCUAUGACCCUUGUUAAAUCCGACAUAGGUGGUAAUAUAACGAGAUUGGAAACUUUAUACUCAUCCAAUCCAUCAAGAUUUAAUAUCCUGUACAGUUUGGUACAAGUAGAGAUCGAAAGUAAAACCGCUAAAUCAUCAUCCAGUUGUACCAAUGGGCUUCUUUGGCUGACAAGAGCAAUGGAUUUCUUGGUGGCUUUGUUCCAAAACUUGAUUGAGCAUAAAGAUUGGCCAAUGUCACAAGCAUGUACAGAUGCAUACAACAAGACUCUGAAGAAGUGGCAUGGCUGGCUUGCUAGCUCAAGCUUCACUGUAGUCAUGAAGCUUGCUCCAGACAGGAAGAAGUUCAUCGAGGUGAUAGGAGGUACCGGUGAUAUAAAUGCUGACAUAGAGAAAUUUUGUACAACCUUCUCUCCUCUCCUUCUUGAGAAUCACAAGUUUCUGGGGCAUCAACAAGAUAACGGAUGGGCAUGUGGAUAUUAUGUCAUGAAAAAUAUGUUUGACAUUAUUGAUGCUUGUAUUGUUGAAAGAUUCAAUGAGAUAUUCACAGACACCUCAUCAUAUGAAAAAGAGUCAAUUGAUCACAUCCGACAACUUUGGGCUCAAUUCUUUUUGCAAAAGGUUGAAGAGCAAGAGAACCAGGAAAAGAAAGAUUUAAUGACAAAACAGAAGCGAUUAAAAAAAACUUAUAUAUAGAUAUAUUUUUGUUCC